AUGGUAUUGCACAGAAGCUAUCAUUACUUGACGAGAUCUUCUCUGCACCAAUGGCCCUUCAUUCGACAAUUCUUACGCCAAUUGUUCCUGCAUUAUCCGUACUUCCGUCUUAAUGUCGUGGUCUUUGAUGAGCGUGAAAAGUCACAGCAGACGGAAAAAUCGAGACGAGAUGGUAUCGAUGAUAACAAGUGCAGCAAGGAAAUUGCUAGCAAGACAAUUGAAGAGAACAAUUUGUUGCCGUUCGUGAAACCCGACGAUCACGCUCUGUUUGCUUUUCAUCCGCAUGGCGUGCUCCCAAAUGGAUUCGCCUUCAAUGGUGCACACCACAUGGGCUUCCUGCAUUCAAAUUGCCGUUGGCUCGUGUCUGAAAAUCUGUUCUGGUUCCCUGGUAUGAAAGACCUGCUCCACUGGAUGGACUUCAGCUGUGUUGCCAAAUCUACUUUUCAUCGCUUCAUGGCCACAGGACAGAACGUCUGUUUGCUUCCCGGUGGCUUCGAAGAGGCCACAAUCUAUGAACGAGGCAAGCACCGUGUUUACAUCAAGAAGCGUUUCGGAUUCAUUAAGUUGGCACUACAGCACGGAUACAAAGUGCACCCGGUUUACACAUUCGGUGAGGAGUACGCUUACCAUACGUUUCCAUACUUGCUCAAACUUCGUCUUAAAUUGAACGAGUUCAAGAUACCCGUCGUGUUCUUUUACGGUCUCCUUCGCUGCUUUUACCUGCCGUGUACCGACGUGGAUCUCAUCACCGUCGUUGGAGAGGCUUUGGUUAUGCCACGCAUCGAGCAACCAACGAAAGAAAAUGUCCAAAAGUACCAUGCGGAGUACGUGGACGCGCUUCAGAAGCUGUUUGACAAGUACAAAAGCGUGUACGCUGUUGACUCAGACGCCAAGCUACAGAUUUACUGA